CGCCGACUUUGGUGAGAAGGAAGUUGUUGAUGGCACAGCUCCUUGCGCUCAGAGCCAGCUGAGAGAAAGGCCUUGGAGCUGCUGGGCAUGGGGCAAACACCUGUGUCUGGAGGGCCUCUCUGCCUCUCGGCUACUCAUCCUGGCUGGGGAGCGCCAUGUCCUGACGGCUGCCUACCCCCUCCUUAAGCGGCCCCUUCCUCGUCUCCAGCAUGAAGCGGCCCAAGGUGGGCCCUCCCUCCCUCGGCAUCCUGGGCUUUUUCGGUCGGAAACCCAAAGUGACUUUGGAACAGGAUGGGAAGCUGGAGUCCCCUCUGGGCAACCCUGAAGAAACCCAUAUCUCUCUGAUGCCAGAGGAGGAGGAAGAGGAGGAGGAAGAGGAAGGCUUGCUAGAAUGCCCACUGUGCCUGCUGCCCCAGCCUCCGGCGGCCUUCCCUGCUCUCUCCUGCUGCUCGCACCUGUCCUGCCUCACCUGCUUGCAGCAGUACUUGCGCAUCGAGAUCAGCGAGAGCCGCGUCCAGGUGGCCUGCCCGCACUGCCCUGCUCUCCUCCAGCCCUCGGAGAUCCAUCAGCUGCUCCCCGAGGCCAACCUGGGUGAGAAGUAUGAAGAGUACCUGCUGCGGCGCCUCUUGGUGGCUGACCCAGGAACCCGCUGGUGCCCUGCUCCAGAUUGCAGCUAUGCGGUCAUUGCCUACGGCUGUGCUGAAUGCCCCCGGCUCGUCUGUGGCCGCCAGGACUGCAGGACAGAGUUCUGCUACCACUGUCGGCAGCCUUGGCACCCCAACUCUUCCUGUGAGCAGGCCUGGCGAGAAUGGAGCAGGCAGGCUCCAGGGGCAGUGGAGCUCUCUACACAGUUGAUCCAGAAGGAGGAGGCUGCCCUGGACACCGAAACUAUCAAGGUGUGUCCCCGCUGUGGUGCCUUCAUCAUGAAGAUCAACGACGGGAGCUGCAAUCGCAUGAAUUGCACCGUCUGUGGGUGCCUAUUCUGCUGGCUGUGCUUGCGAGAGAUCACGGACGUGCACUUCCUCAGUCCUUCUGGAUGCACCUUUUGGGGGAAGAAGCCCUGGUCUCGGACACGCAAGCUCCUCUGGCAGCUGGGCAUGGUGCUGGGAGCACCCAUGGUGAUCUCAAUCGUCGCUGGCAUUGCAGUGCCAGUCAUCACACUAGGGAUACCCAUCUACAUGGGAAAGAAGGUUCUGAGCCAUGGACGCAAGAGCAAACUGUCGGUCUGCCAGCAGUGUCUGUCUGUGUCCAGCAGUAUUAUUCUGUCCCUCUUUGUGUCGCCCGUCAUCACAGCGGUCACUGUUGGGGUUGGGGUGCCGCUGAUGCUCACCUAUGUGUAUGGAGUGGUGGCGCUCUCUCUAUGCCGGAAUCGCUGGGGGUGCGGUGGCACCCGAAGGAAAGCUGGAGAGCUCAGCAUGGUGGAACUAGAGAACCUUGCCAAAUUGAAUGAGCUGCUGUCUGUGUUGCCCACUCAAAUGGUGUCUGAGGCUGGGAAUAUGCAUGCUGCGACGGCGGCUACCUCAUUACAUAGCACUGGUCAUAGCCUACAUGAUGAGCCUCCCCAAAAUCAGCGAGACAGCCAGUCUGCAAGCACCGUAGCCCUGGCAGGCAGCAUGCUAAGCGAAGGCCAGGAAGCUUCAUACAGGGAUGGGCUGAACUUCGAAGUGGAGGUGGAAGUGGAACCCCAGGCGUCCUCAGAGCGCAGCCUCUGCAGCGCGGCAUCAGGCCACAGCUUCUCCACAGACUCUCUCGCCUGCACCAGCGAGGGCUGCAGCUCGGCAGGCGCAGCAACAGAAUAAAGCAAC